GUUUUGCCUCUCAUGGACAUCUUGGCUUGCAGAUCCGAAGAGAACAGUUAUAAUAUCCUCCCCUCUGCGGCAACGAUGCUAUUCCAUGGCCUCCCUGGAGGCGACGUGCACGGUGUGGUGGAAGAAAUGGACCGGAGAGGAAAGAGCGAGUCAGCAGCCAUCAGCUCGGCCAUCGAUAUGGGGGAAUCAGAGACGUCCAUGCCGUGUAUGGCGAGCGAGCGCGUGGCUCUGUGCGCCGGCUGCGGCCGGAAGAUCGCGGACCGCUACUACCUGCUGGCCGUGGACAAACAGUGGCACAUGCGCUGCCUCAAGUGCUGCGAGUGCAAACUCAACCUGGAGUCGGAGCUCACCUGCUUCAGCAAGGACGGCAGCAUCUACUGCAAGGAGGACUACUACAGAAGAUUUUCGGUGCAGAGAUGCGCUCGGUGCCACCUGGGGAUCUCCGCGUCGGAGAUGGUGAUGCGGGCCCGGGACCUGGUCUACCACCUCAACUGCUUCACGUGCACGAGCUGCAGCAAGAUGCUCACCACCGGGGACCACUUUGGCAUGAAGGACAGUCUGGUGUACUGCCGGCUGCACUUUGAGACUCUCAUCCAGGGAGAAUAUCAGACACAUUUUAACCACGCGGACGUUGUCCCGCACAAAGGCCUGGGCCCGGCCAACACGCUCGGACUAUCCUACUUCAACGGCGUGGGCACAGUGCAGAAAGGCCGGCCCAGGAAGAGGAAAAGCCCCGGGCCGGGGGCCGAGCUGGCAGCUUAUAACGCAGCGCUGAGCUGUAACGAGAACGAUGGCGAGUCCAUGGACCGGGACUCCCAGUACAGCUCCAGUCAGAAGACCAAGCGCAUGCGCACGUCCUUCAAGCACCACCAGCUGAGGACCAUGAAGUCCUACUUCGCCAUCAACCACAACCCGGACGCCAAGGACCUCAAACAACUCGCCCAGAAGACGGGCCUCACCAAGCGGGUCUUACAGGUCUGGUUCCAAAACGCUCGGGCCAAGUUCAGGAGGAACCUGCUGCGGCAAGAGAGUACCGGGGUGGACAAGGCAUCCGACGGCUCCACGCUGCAGGGCGGCACGCCAUCAGGCCCAGCCUCGGAGAUCUCCAACGCCUCCAUGAGCCCCUCCAGCACCCCCACCACCCUGACAGACUUGACCAACCCCACCAUGCCCACCGUCACCUCCGUGCUCUCCUCGGUGCCGGGCGGCAUGGACGUCCACGAGUGCCGGAGUCCGUCACAGACCACACUGACCAGCCUCUUCUGAUAGGACGGAGCCCUUCACCACAGCCUCACCCCCUACCCCUCUGUCCCUUCUCCCCUCUGCUCCACCCCUACUGGAUCUAAAACUGAGCACUGUUGACUCCUUCCAACAUUAAAUGGAUUAGAAAAGAGAAGGUAACGGAGGCAUUCAAAAAAAGAGACUUUAUUUCGCUCUGAGCCCAUUAGAGACUAUUUGCAUAGUGAGGCGGCCAAGCCUUCCAGAUGGAACAGUUGUUGUUAUUUUGAUGUUGUUGUCUUGUCGAGAACUGAGGAGACUUGAUUUGCAUUUUUCAAUGUUUACAGAGAGAGAAAAAAGAAAACUGCUUAAUUUUUAAUUAAUUCGUUUUUUUUCUUCUUCAUUUUUUCCCCCCAGCACAGUAUUUAUGUUGUUGUACAAGA